AGGAAAGCCGAGCCGCCCGGGCAGCGCUUUAUCGAAAGUGCGUCGGCUGAUGCGGAGGCCGCAAGCGCACUUAGUCCUGGCGGCGGCGAAGGGGAGAGAGAGAGAGAGAGGCGUCUUCUUUUGCGUCCGCACCUGGCUGAGGCGACGGCGGGCCUUAGUCGCCGCUUGCGCCGGCUGCUCCUCCUGCGCCGUUCCCUGCUUCGCGAGCGGCUUUGGGCCUCCCUCCCGUCCUCCUCUCCACCCCCCGAGUCCCGGCUCUCCUCCGCUCCCCCCGGGCUAAGGAAGGGAUUGCUGGGACCCAUCCUCCGCUCCCCUCAUAAAUUCAUGCCUCUCCCCAAUCCGGGCUGUUCCCUUCAUGCUGCGUGUCUCUUCUAGCAGUCGCUUUCUUCUAAUAUCAAACAAGGGUUUUUACAUAGAGAAAAAGAGAGGGCCUUGCGUUUUGUCUCUCCUCCUCCUCCUCCUCCUCCCCUGCCCCCAGUUUCUUUUAAUCUUCACUCAUGCUUCAUGUAGCAGCUUCCUUUGGUCCAACAAGAGCUGGGUCUCUUUACCCCACUGCUUAUAGGGAGGAGGCCUGGAAAACGUGAGAGCUUUCCCUCCCCCCCCUUUUUUUCCUGAAGGAGUGGGCAGCAAAAGAUAGGAAGGGAAAAGGUGAGUUCUGUUCCAUCAGUAAUGACUCCAAAGGACUCAUGAGAAGGGAAGAAGGAGCUCCCCCUUUGACAGACCCCCAUCUCACCUGCCUGGCUAUGGAGUGUAUGCAGGUUUCACCUGUGCAGCAACAAAGCAAAGCUGCUGAGGGGGACCGUGUGCUGCUGCUGCUGCCUGCCCCUGCUGUGCGCAAGGAAGGGGAGAUCCUUUUGGGGGGCUCUGCCCCCUGGCCUGCUUCCCAACAAGAUGGUAUGAAGACGUUUCAAGACACUAAGGAGUUUUGUUCCAAAAGUACAGAGACCCUUCCCUCCCUGCAGGACCACCCUUAUGUCCAAGAUACUGUAGAGCGUUGUGCCUCAUGUUCUUUAAAGGAGGACCCGAAAGAGACGGAGGGUUGUGAUGGGACAGAGGAGGACUUGAACCAUCUGCAGGAGGCUUUGAACCAUCCGCAGGAACGGUCGCCGGACAACGAAGCGGCUGGCGGCAACUCUUUGGUCGCAGAACCUCUUGGGACGAUCGCUCAAGAAUGCCUUAGGGACAAGGAACGGUCUGCCGCCGAGCAAAAUAACCAUUUGCACGACAAGGCUGAGUCCUCUUCUCAGACCUGCUGUUUAAGCUUGGAAGCAGCAAGUGGGGACACACCAGCAGGUGACUUGUUAAGUCAAGGUUCUCCAUCUAUGGAUGAGGGGAAGCUUAAGCUCAGAGCAAAGCACGUGACUUUCCCUUCCGAUGAAGACAUCGUGUCUGGUGCUGUGGAGCCUAAGGACCCUUGGCGGCAUGCUCAGAAUGUGACCGUGGAAGAAGUUCUCACCGCCUACAAGCAAGCCUGUCAAAAGUUAAAUUGCAAACAGAUACCCAAACUACUGAAGCAGAUCCAGGAAUUCAAAGAUUUAACCCCUAGGAUAGAUUGCCUGGAUCUAAAAGGUACGUCUCCAAGCCUUUUCUUGAUUUGCCUUAAAAGGUGGCCAUCUCUCUUCUUGUUCAAGCAUUGGUUCCAUUUAUUUGCAUUUGAAAACAGCCCCUUGUUUUCCCCUAGAAUGGAAGUCACAGAUCCUGGGGCCAUUUUGCCAAGUGCCAGGUGCAUUGUUAAUGGGCACUGA